UGCCGGUGUGUCAUGGUUUAUCACCUACAUGCCUUACUACUUCAUCAUGCUGUUCUACCAGAGGAUGACGCUGCCAGGCAAGAUAGCCUCCUGCCUGCUGUCCAACACUGCCAUGGGGCUGGGAACGCAGCUCAUCGCAAUCUUUGAAGGCACAGGGGAAGGCGUCCAGUGGAGUAAUGUCCACAGACCAGUGUCGGUGGACGAUGACUUCACAGUGCUACACGUUAUGCUGAUGAUGGUAGCGGAUAUUAUAAUCUAUGGCAUCUUCACGUGGUAUGUGGAAGCUGUGUUUCCGGGAGAGUACGGCGUUCCGCAAGGAUGGAACUUCUUCUUAAAGCCGUCCUAUUGGUGCGGGACACCCGUCGUCACAGAGGCAAUCAACACCGACAGUUUUCCGAUGGAGGUCCGGUCAGCCAAUGAAGGGUUUUUUGAGGAGGAACCGUCAGGCAUGCAAGCCGGGUUGCAAAUUAGAAACCUGACCAAGAUAUUCUCCAAGAACAAAGCGGCUGUCAACGGCAUCUCCCUGAACAUGUACAAGGGCCAGAUCACGGUCCUGCUGGGUCACAACGGGGCGGGCAAGACCACCACCAUGUCCAUGCUGACCGGCUUCAUCCCGCCCUCGGCAGGCACUGCCUUCCUCAAUGGCUGCAGCAUCAGGGGUAACUUGGAAGGUGUCCGGUCUAGCCUUGGACUCUGCCCACAGCAUGAUGUCUUAUUUGACGACCUGACCGUGGAGGAACACCUGUACUUCUUUGGGAAACUGAAAGGUCUGACAUCCUCCGAAGUCAAGAAAGAAUCAGAUCACUACAUUGAGGCAACCGGCCUGCAAGACAAGAGGAAACAGUACGCCAAAUCUCUGUCUGGAGGAAUGAGGCGCAAACUGUCGGUUGCCAUUGCUCUGAUCGCAGACUCCAAGGUGGUGAUGCUGGACGAGCCGACAUCCGGCAUGGACCCAGAUGCCCGUCGAUCAACCUGGGACCUGCUGGAGACCCACAAGGCUGACCGGACUAUCCUGCUGACCACCCACCACAUGGACGAGGCUGAUCUGCUGGGUGACCGCAUCGCCAUCAUGGACCACGGGGAGCUGCAAUGCUGUGGCACAUCGCUCUUCCUCAAGAAGAAAUAUGGUGUUGGUUAUCACAUGGUCAUGGUCAAAUCUCCGCAAUGUGAUGUCGCAAAGGUCUCCAACCUGAUUCAUUCCUACAUCCCGAGUGCCGCACUGGAGAGCGACGUCGGAGCAGAGCUGUCUUUCAUCCUGCCCAAUGAGGCUUCAGACAAAUUCGAAGGUCUUUUCACCGAGUUGGAAGAGAGCAAAGACCAGUUGGGUAUCAGCAGUUACGGCGCAUCGCUCACUACAUUGGAAGAAGUUUUCAUCAAGGUUGGCGAGAACUCGGACAGCACCCUCAGAGACAGACUACACCAAGCACCAGAGACGGACAACCACCACCAGGAAACCAGCACUCUGCUGCCGUUGAAAGCACCGAAUGGCCUGGUCCCCAACGGUAAAGUGCACUCCAAUGGCACGGUGCCACCGAGCCCUAGCUCACCCAAACGGCCCCGUUAUGGCUCCAUGGACAACUUGAACGUACAUCAAGGAUCUCUGCUUGGGGACUCUACACUCGUUGACAUGUCCAGAGGCAGCAGCAGUGACGGAAACUUAAGUGACAAGUUUUCCAGCACCAGCAAACUGCCGUUAACCGAACGCCGCAACAAGGGUCUGCAACUCUACGCCCAGCAGUUCUGGGCCAUGCUGGUCAAGCAUGUCUUGCACAGCAUGCGCAACUUCAUCCUAGCAGCCGUGCAGCUAGCCGUUCCGCUCCUGAACACCAGCGUGGCUGUCGUCCUGAUUCUCAUCGCACCCCAGCUGGAGGCCUCCCCACCCCUUGUCAUCAGUGCCAAGCCCUACCAGAACAGCAUCGCCCAGUUCUCCAAAGGCCAGAACUUGUCUUACCCCGUGACCGAGAGUCUAGGCAACAUGUAUACCCGCCACUUCGACGGCACGGCUACUCGAGUCAUAGAUAUCGAUGCAAUCACACCUCUCCCGCACAGCAUGCGGGAGUACCUGGUAUCACAAGGCGAGACUUCCAUUAGCGCAUUCAACUCCAGGAAUCUGGUAUCGGCGACUUUCGAAUAUUUUGAUAACAGACCAGUCAUCAUAGGAAACAUUUCCUUGGGUAAUAUCUCUCUCCUCGUUGGAACGGCACUCUACAACAACCAACCCUAUCAUGCGUCCCCACUUGCCCUCAACGCUAUCAACAAUGCCUACUUGAUGCACUACCUUACUGAGGACCACCGCGUGACGGUGAUCAAUGAACCCCUGCCCCCGACGGUCCAGGAGCAGUUCGCCCAGGAGUCGGAUGCCUUCGGCAUGGGGAGCAUGAUCGCAUUUGUCAUGAUGUUCGGCAUGGCAUUCCUGGCCUCCUCCUUUGGCGUCUUCCUCAUCAUGGAGUCGUCCACCAAGGCCAAGCACCUGCAGAUCGUCAGCGGGGUGCACGCCACCACCUUCUGGCUGGCCAAACUCCUCUGGGACCUCAUCAACUACAUGAUCCCCUGCUGCUUGAUCGGGAUCCUCAUGCUAGCCUGCCGGGUGGAGUCCUACGCCCUGGAGGGACGCGUCUGGGACCUCUACCUUCUUCUCUUCCUUCACGGUUGGGCCAUCAUCCCCUUCAGCUACCUCCUCUCCUUCUCCUUCAAGGAGCCCGCCUCAGGCUAUGUCCGCAUCCUCAUCAUCAACAUCGCUCUGUCCAUGGUCAUGUACUUCACCUUCGAAGUCCUCUCCAUCCCAGAGCUGGGGUUGAAGCACAUCGCCGAAAUCCUGGACUGGGUGUUCAUGCUGAUGCCCCUGUACAGCCUUGGUGCUGCUCUGGAGGCAUACUACCUCCAUUUCUCCCACAUUAAGAUCUGCCUGUCAUUCCCACCGUUCAGCCAACAGUACUGUGACGCACAGGGCAUUUCUUACGAGCCUGAGUACUUGACGUGGGGUGGGAAGGGGAUUGGUCGAUACCUGGUCUUCCUUGCCAUUGAAGGUCUGGUGUACAUGGCCCUGGUGUUUCUUGUAGACUCCAGCCUCUUCAAGAAAGUGGCACCUCCACUCCGUAAUGCCUGCUGCCGACGUAAGGCACUGGUCUACAGCGAGACACAUAAAGUGACCAAAUUGGAGGACGAUGAAGAUGUUGCCAUGGAGAAGUCCCGCAUCUCAGACACGCCCCUCACCAAGCUCUGCCAGACCGAUACCCUGCUCAUCAGAAACCUGAAGAAGGUCUACUCCCUGCGGGGAGGCCAGGGGCUGGUGGCCGUCGAUGGUAUCUCGGUGGGGGUGCCCCUUGGCGAGUGUUUUGGCCUUCUCGGCGUUAAUGGAGCAGGAAAGACCACAACUUUUAAAAUGUUGACUGGAGAUGAGUCAGUAACCUCCGGCACUGCCUUCCUAGAUGGAUACAGCAUCAAAUCUGAUAUCAAACUAGUUCAACAGAGGAUGGGAUACUGCCCGCAAUUUGACGCCCUCAUCGACCAAAUGACAGGCAGGGAAACGCUGACCAUGUACGGUCGCCUGCGAGGCGUGCCUGAGGCUCAUAUCUCUGACGAAGUCAACCGACUGCUCAAGAUCCUCACCAUAGAACCACAUGCCGACAAGCUGACCAAGACAUACAGUGGAGGUAACAAGCGCAAGCUCAGCACAGCCAUUGCCCUGAUGGGCGACCCUCCCAUCGUCUUCCUCGACGAGCCGACGACAGGCAUGGACCCCGUUGCCCGGAGACUAUUAUGGGAUACCUUGUCACAGAUUCGGGCCAGCGGCAAGUGCAUCAUUCUCACAUCACACAGUAUGGAAGAGUGUGAAGCGCUGUGCACCCGGCUGGCCAUCAUGGUCAACGGUCAGUUCAAAUGCUUGGGCAGUGUGCAGCAUCUCAAGCAUCGGUUCGGCCAGGGCUACACGGUGCUGGCCAAGGCCAAGCAUGGGCAGAAUCUGAACGGGUUCAAACGGCUCAUGGAGGAACAGUUCCCUGGCAGCCAACUGAAGGACGAACACCAGGGUAUGGUGCAUUACCACAUCACCAAUGCCCAGCUGACCUGGGCCCAGAUCUUUGGCGCCAUGGAGAGAGCCAAGUCGCAGUACAACAUCGAGGACUAUUCGGUCAGCCAGACCACCUUGGAGCAGGUCUUUCUGAACUUUGCCCGGAUGCAGAGGGAAGAUGUCCUCCAACGGUAGCAUUGCUCAAUGCCAACAGUCACUUACAAUUGUACAUACUAUGCAAUUGGUUAUUUUUAAUACUGGCAAGAUGUCAGUUUGAAUGGUAGUUUGCAACAGAGCAUGUGUAAACAUUAUCAGGCCAUCUACAUGCAUAUUCAUAGAGGGGAGUUGAAAGGUUAAAAGACUUACUGUUCUCCUGCACUGUACGCAAAGCCAGUGGAAUCCAUCAUGGCAGUCAGAUUCUGUUAGUUCCUCCGUACCCCAAUGCUCCAGAACAUGGGUGUAGUGAGGGGGCACUUGCCCUGUGUGGAAAGAGAUUGAAAAAUAAAAAAGAGGGGGAAGAGUGAUUGAAAUAAAACGAGAUUAAAGGGGAUGAAAAUCACUACUUUGCUUGAAGAAAACCUCAAAAUCAACCCCUUUCCACUGUGAACGGUUUAUCAUUUCAUAGCUGAGAAGUGCUUUGCUCCGGCUGGAAAUUCUGCGCCUCUUCUGGGAAAAACUGGUUUGUUCCCCCCAUGCAAGAAAUCCCGGGGACUCCCAUGCUCAGAAGUCUCCCACAGGGAUAAAACCUAGUUUGUUUUUUGGAAAGAAUUCCAUAUACAGACAAGACUAAUGUUCCUUUAAAAUGUUAUAACAUCCGUCAGAAAGUGAUAACGUGACCUAAGAAGUGAAUUCCAAAGCAUUUGCUUGGAAAACCCUCUUUCAGACAAAUCUCCGGUUUAUGCACAGAGCCUCAAGUGUUGCCCAUGUAUGGAAUUCUUUCUGGUCUUCUGGUUUCUGGGCAUCACAAGAAUUUUUGGAGUGCUGGGUCCCCAGAGUGUAAGUUGAGGGUUAAGCUCUUUGUGGAGUCUCUGACCAGGGCCCAAUUUCAUGGCGUUACAACAGUUGGCAGAAAAUUUGUGCUUACCAUAGCAGAAAAUUUUGCUUACCAUAAGCACUAUUUCCUUGCAGUAUUUUGCAUUGGUGGUUUUAAGGUUGUAGGGGCAAGAGAUAUCCAUUGUUUGUCAUUAUUUUAAGCAAAUCUUUCCUCCAAGGUAAGUGUGCCGUUUGCAGUGCUUAUUGCUUACUGUCUCAAUAUAAUACGUGGAGGCAGUGUUCGCCAAAAAUUGUGUGCCUAGCAGCGCCUUGAAAUUGAGCACAUGUGAAGAUUCUUGCAGUGGAGUUAUUUAUUGAUGCUCUCUGGUGGUUCAUGGAUUUUUCAUCAGGUUUUUUACACCCGGCUUUUUUUGCCCAAAAUUUAAAUCCUGUUCUUUUAAUAUUUAAAAAUGUCACUAAAAUGCAUCAUGAUGGCCCAACCCCAAAUCUGCCAAUGGCUGAAUUGAAGUUCAUGUAUUUAUGAGCACUAAGUAUUCAUACCAUAUUCAACUGGUUUUCAUGCCGGAGUUUUUUUCUAAAAAGCCCUUCGCACUGCAAUGAAAAAAAUGGUCAAUAGUAAAAGUAGUCAUCAGUUACAAGUAUAUUUUCAUUUAUUUUUAGUCACAGCCAGUAAUAGUUCGUAUUGUAACAAAGUUAAUUUGGCUUGUCAGUUGUAUUGCGCGUUUCACUGACUUCCUUUCACUAUGAUAUACCUAGUAUUACAAUGCAAUGAUUUACAUACAGGGUAAAAUAACGUGAAAUGCAUUGGACUCAUCCAAGCUCCCCAAUUGUAACAUUUUGUUCAAGUUCAAGUUGAUUCUGUGUUUUAUGUAUGAUUGCAAUAUCUCCACCAUUUGUUUCGUUUGUAUUCUGUUUGGAAUCCUUUUUUGUUUAUUUGAUAAUUUGUUAGUUUAUAUUAGUUUGAUUCUUGAUUCUUUCCUUCCUUUUGUUUUUAAUUUCUUAACGUUUUGAAAUAAAUGACCAAUUUGA